GUGCCGGUGGGGCAAGAUGGCGGUGGCGGUGGCGGUUGGGGCUGUGAGACGGGCAGCGUUGACGGUGACGGUGACGCUGGGCCGGGCGGCGGGGUGGGGGGGCCGGCACCGGUGGCUGCUGCUGGCGGGCGGCGGGAGGCCGGGGCUGACGCUGCCGCUGACGGCGCCUGUCCGCGGGCUGCGUGAAGUUAUCCGGGUACGGGAUGAGCAGACCACCACGAUUGAAGGAAAGAUCGUGAAAUCGGCAGAUGCCUCUGAACCUCCAAACCUCUUGGGGCAGUGCCCGAUCUGCAGGUGGAAUCUGAAACACAAGUUUAACUAUACAGAUGUGCUGUUGCUCAGUCAGUUCAUACGAUCAGACGGUGGGAUGCUGCCACGCGGAAUCACAGGACUAUGCUUUGAGGAGCAUAAAAAGAUUGAAAUCUGCGUGAAGAUGGCUCACCGAUCAGGCUUGUUGCCAGACCAUAAACCAACCCUGCCAGAAGGUCAUGUUCGGAGAAAACAGAAGCCUCACUUAAACAGAUAUUUAACUCGGUGGUCGAUUGAAUCAGUGAAGCCCAUUUGGAAGAAAGGCCUCAAGUGGUGUAAGGUACGCAUGCCCGUGGGAGAUCCAAUAAUGAAGAACAACGUUGUCUAUGGGAAGAAGCACUGUUUCAUGAAGCACUGAUGUGGAGGCUGACUAACCCAAGCCUCUUGCUGCUCAGCGUCACAGCAACUGCACUCCCUUGUGUCUCUGCUUGCCGUGAACUUUUAUUGAGAAACAGACACGAGCAAGCAGAUUGAAACAACAUUUAUUCGGACCCAGAGGGUUUGUUGUUAUUAAAGUGUACACUUUACAGGGGACGGGGAUGUCAUCUGUAAUUUGAUUAAAGCAAAGAAGAAUUGACCAA